GUAGGCCGGCAAAACCCACGAUGAAUCCAAGAAAAUGGCUCCUCCCCCAAAGGAGGUGGAAGAAGACAGUGAAGACGAAGAAAUGUCAGAAGAUGACUCGGAAGAAGAAGCUAUGGAGAUCACACCUGCUAAAGGAAAGAAAGCUCCUGCAAAAGUUGUUCCUGUGAAAGCCAAGAAAGUGGCUGAAGAGGAGGAUGACGAUGAUGAAGAGGAUGAAGAUGAUGAGGAUGACGACGAUGAUGAAGAGGAGGAAGAAGAUGAGGAAGAGGAAGAAGAGGAAGAGCCUGUUAAAGCGGCACCUGGAAAACGGAAGAAGGAAAUGACCAAACAGAAAGAAGUUCCUGAAGCCAAGAAACAGAAAGUGGAAGGCUCAGAAUCAACUACACCUUUCAAUCUAUUCAUUGGAAACCUUAAUCCAAACAAGUCUGUUGCUGAAUUAAAAGUUGCCAUUAGUGAACUUUUUGCUAAAAAUGAUCUUGCUGUUGUGGAUGUCAGAACUGGUACAAAUAGGAAAUUUGGUUAUGUGGACUUUGAGUCUGCUGAAGAUCUAGAAAAGGCCUUGGAGCUCACUGGUUUAAAAGUGUUUGGCAAUGAAAUUAAACUUGAAAAACCAAAAGGAAGAGAUAGUAAGAAAGUUCGAGCUGCAAGAACACUUUUAGCAAAGAACCUUUCUUUCAACAUCACUGAGGAUGAAUUAAAAGAAGUGUUUGAAGAUGCCCUGGAGAUCAGAUUGGUUAGCCAGGAUGGGAAGAGUAAAGGGAUUGCUUAUAUUGAAUUUAAAUCUGAAGCUGGUGCAGAGAAAAACUUUGAAGAAAAGCAGGGGGCAGAAAUUGAUGGGCGAUCUGUUUCACUCUACUACACUGGGGAGAAGGGACAGAGGCAAGAAAGAGCUGGAAAGAAUAGCACUUGGAGUGGUGAAUCAAAAACUUUGGUUUUAAGUAACCUUUCCUACAGUGCAACAGAAGAAACUCUUCAGGAAGUAUUUGAGAAAGCAACUUUUAUCAAAGUGCCCCAGAACCCACAAGGCAAAUCUAAAGGGUAUGCGUUUAUAGAAUUUGCUUCAUUUGAAGAUGCUAAAGAAGCUUUAAACUCCUGUAAUAAAAUGGAAAUUGAGGGCAGAACAAUCAGACUGGAGUUACAAGGACCCAGGGGAUCACCUAAUGCAAGAAGUCAGCCAUCCAAAACUCUGUUUGUCAAAGGUCUGUCUGAGGAUACCACUGAAGAAACAUUAAAAGAAUCAUUUGAGGGCUCUGUUCGUGCAAGAAUAGUCACUGAUCGGGAAACUGGUUCCUCUAAAGGGUUUGGCUUUGUAGACUUCAAUAGUGAGGAAGAUGCCAAAGCUGCCAAGGAGGCCAUGGAAGAUGGAGAAAUUGAUGGGAACAAAGUUACC